ACGCCGGCAAUUGAGAAGAAGAAAAAACGCAAACGUUUUUGGGCAAACACAUUUUUGGCGAAAUUCCAUAACAAAUCGACAAAAUGUCGUUUAAGGGCAACCCCAAGGUGCAAAAGGUGAUGGUGCAGCCCAUCAACCUGAUCUUCCGUUACCUGCAGAGUCGAUCGCGUGUCCAAGUGUGGCUCUACGAGAACAUUUCGCUGCGCAUCGAGGGCCACAUUGUUGGCUUCGAUGAGUACAUGAACCUGGUGCUCGACGAUGCCGAGGAGGUCUAUGUGAAGACGCGCCAGCGCAAGAAUCUUGGUCGCAUCAUGCUCAAGGGCGAUAACAUAACGCUCAUACAGAACGUCAAUCCCAGCAAGGAAUAAGCUUAAAACGUCGUCACCAUUCUAGUACUAAAUAAUAACAAAUAAGUGAAUUAAUUGUAAGCUGGAAAACUGCUGCACAAUAAAAUGAGAGAAUUUUUUACGAAA